AUGUCAGACAAGGUUUUCACGGUCGGAUUAAUAACAGCCUGGUACUCAUCGAACAUCGGAGUCUUGUUGUUGAACAAGUUUUUGCUGAGCAAUUACGGGUUCAAGUACCCGAUCUUCUUGACCCUUUGCCACAUGCUGGCUUGCACUCUCCUGAGCUACGUAGCCAUUUCAUGGAUCAAGGUGGUGCCCAUGCAGAGCAUCAAGUCACGUGUCCAGUUCCUCAAGAUAUCUUCCCUCGGUUUCAUCUUCUGUUUGUCCGUCGUUGGCGGGAACAUCUCGCUCCGGUAUCUCGCCGUCUCGUUUAACCAGGCUGUUGGCGCCACGACGCCGUUUUUCACCGCGGUAUUCGCGUAUCUUAUGACCCUCAAGAAAGAGGGCUGGCUCACCUAUGUUACUCUCAUACCGGUUGUCACCGGUGUUGUUAUUGCCAGUGGGGGAGAACCAAGUUUUCAUGUCUUUGGAUUCAUAAUGUGUGUUGGUGCUACAGCAGCAAGGGCACUCAAGUCAGUGCUCCAAGGGAUAUUGCUGUCUUCUGAAGGGGAAAAGCUUAAUUCUAUGAACCUCCUCAUGUACAUGGGUCCUGUAGCUGUUGCAUUCCUUCUACCUGCAGCACUUUAUAUGGAAGAGGAUGUGGUUGGGAUCACAAUUGCACUUGCAAGAGAUGAUGUGUCCAUCGUAUGGUAUCUAGUAUUCAAUUCUGCUCUCGCAUAUUUUGUCAAUUUGACCAAUUUCUUGGUAACAAAACACACCAGUGCCUUGACCCUCCAGGUGUUGGGAAAUGCAAAAGGAGCUGUUGCUGUGGUGGUGUCAAUUUUGAUAUUUAGAAAUCCUGUAUCAGUGACUGGGAUGCUUGGUUAUUCUCUCACAGUAACAGGAGUCAUUCUCUACAGCGAAGCCAAGAAACGAAGUAGAUGA